AUGAGACCAACGUUAUUUGCCCGAGCCAGUCAUUUCCCAUUUCCUAAGGCUGUAGUUCCAAGAUACACCAUCCCUUCACUCGAAUCAAUACCACAUACUGCCCUCGUCAACAACGGAUUUGGUGAAGGAAGUUAUUUCAUCAAAAAGACAAAGUUCAACCACUGGCCAGUUUACAAGAAAAUAACGAAUCAAAGCAAAAUAACCACUGAAAUAAAGAGAAUCGAAGGUGAUAUUGAAUUGUUCAGAAGAGAUUUGUUAAAAUUGAAUCCGGAUUUGAAAAUUACUGUUAAUAAAACUGCCGGGUAUGUUAACAUCAAGGGUGAUGUAGUUGAAGAAAUUAAAGAAUAUUUCAAUGAAGGUUUGAAUUAA